GUGUAUGAACUAUGAAUGUUUUAUAAGGGCUUCCUCAGCCAUCUAUUGGAUCGCCCCUAUCGCAAGGUUAACGUGGCCAUUUGAGGUUAGACAUUGGAUUAAAAGGCUGAAACAAUAUUGAAGUGAGAAGUGAUGUAUGGAUGAUGCCCCCCAUUACAGAUUAAAUUAAUGAAUCGCAAUCGUCUAUUACAAGUACAGAGCUGAGCGUUUAAAAUGACAAAUCGGUCAUUUGUCUCGAUGAACAUCGAGGAAAUUGCAGGAGAAUUGGAGAAAGCAUUGAUAGAAGAUCGUGGAACGAUCUUGAACGCUAUCUUAGAAGAUAACCAACCCAUGCUGAAGAAAUUAUGCACUGCAAAAAUUAAACGUUGUGAGCCGAACAUUGGGUCAUAUGAAUGGACCUGUGUACAUUGCGCAUCGAGAUGGGGUCGGACUUCGUUUCUUAGAAAGCUCUGUAUCAACAAUGGCGUCCCUCUAAAUCCCGAUGAUGGCAAGAAGAGGAGACCUCUAUGGUAUGCGUGCGCAUAUGGGCAUAUAGAAACGGUGAAAGUCCUGUUAUCUAGUGGUUGUAGAAAGAACUACCGAGAUCAAAACGGUUGUACGGCCUUACAUGCAGCAUCCAGAUACGGUUUCCAUGACAUUGCUACAUUAUUGCUGGAUAGUGGAGCCCAAAACAGCAUCAUAGACAGAAAGGGUCUCCAAGCAAUACACAAGGCUGCAUAUGGUGGUCAUGUUAACGUACUACAAGAGUUAAUCAUGCGGAACGCAGACGUAAACGCACGUACGUUUAAGGGAACAACCGCGUUGCACCUCGCAGUCCACAAUGGUGAUAUUGUUACAGUAAAAUACCUUAUUUCACAAGGAGCAAAUGUUAACGUAGGGAGUACAAACAAUCUAACUCCUUUACACAUCGCGGCUCUAAAUGGAUAUGACGAAAUAGCUGAAAUGUUGAUACAAGCUAGAGCUAUUACAAACUCGCAAGAUUUGAACGGGGAAACUCCGCUUCAUGCCGCAUGUUCUAAGAACCGUAACAAAGUAGUGAAAGUUCUCUUGGCAAACCGUGCCAAGGUGACCAUUGUAAAUAAUGAAAACUGGACGUGCGUGCACACUGCUGCUUUUUGCGGUAGCACAAAAGCUAUCACAGAGUUGCUCAAGAAAUAUAAACGUUCCCCCUAUGACGUCACUCGUCUUGGAUCAACCCCCUUACACCUCGCAGUGCAAGGCAGACAUAUCGAUGCUGCAAAGGUUAUUCUACAAAACACUGAUAUUGUCGAUGUAAAUGCUCAGAAUAAUGAUGGGAGGACAGCCCUGUAUGUCGCAGCUCAGAAUGGACAUACACAAAUGGCUAAAAUCCUCAUAGAAAAUGGGGCUGCAGUGAAUAUAUGCGAAGGACAUGAUUGGUCGCCUCUUCACGUUGCCACCAAGUUAGGUCAUCAUAAAAUGGCUGGUUUGUUGAUAGAAAAGGGGGCGCACGUGUUGCAAUCUAUCAGCUCCUUGAGUUGGAGAAAUCUCAUUUAUUCACUAUUUACUAUGUCAUAUAGACUCCUCUGACGCUAGGCAAACCACAUUCACUACACUACAAAGGUUUGGUUAUCAUGUUCCUCAUUCGAUAGUUAUAACCUGUUUUAAAUACGUUGUUUGUGUUUGGUUUUUUCUCAAUUGCAUUUCGUCGGUUUUUGAUAAAUAUUUGAGUUUAUUUCGAUCGCCAAACAUAACCAUGUGGUUUAAUAGGUGAGAACGUAUUGCCUAAAUCCGCUUGUGAGUGAAUGUUUGCCAUGGUCAGCACUGGAGCCGCACUGGAGGUUUUAGAGCCUUCCUAAAAACGAUCUGAUGAUGUUUUUACUUUUGUAACAUAGAGGUUGACAUCAAUGUAUGCCGCGAUUUUUUGUUACAAUAUGAAAGGACUACUUGAACUUUUAAUGUUAUAUGAACUGUAAAAAUAAAAUGAACACGCCAACGAACUAAGCAACAACAAAAGCCUUAGAAUGACAUUAUUAUUAACCUAGUAUUCACCAAUAUCAACCCGAAACACAUGAAUGAACAUGUGAUAAUAGAAAAGAUAUGUAACACAUUAUAAGGUCAGGGACAUUCAGACCAUCCUCACUUUCCAUUUACCAGUUUAAUUUUCAGUGAAAACUUUUUAUGAAAAAUA